CACACGGCUGGCUGGGAUUUACAGAACUGGGUCUUGACCAUGAAAACAAACCUACUCAUGCAGAGGAAAUGUGUAAUUCUGCAGGGAAAGAGAGACAGGAAAAUAAGGAUGGGCAAGAGACAGCCUUGGAUAGAUAGUUCAAACAUUUGGAAACUCCCUCCUUUUCAAUAUGCAGAGGACAUAGUGAAGACUGAACUCUGCAGGCUUUCAGUACAGCUUGCCAGAGACGCCACAGCUCUCUGCAGUUGCAACUUCAGGAUUUAAGUGUCUCUGUACUUCAUCGUUUAAUCAAAUGUACCAUGAAUGGAAAGCUUAAAGAAGAAAACCCAAAGUAGUAGUUUAUUCCAAAGAGAAAGUCGCCACUUGACCGCUGCUAAGAAGAAAAAUAUCUGUAGGAACAAAAAAGGAAAAGCAAGUCAGUAAGAGGUAACCAUGCAAGCAGGAGGAAACCAGCAGAGAAACUUUGUCCUGUUUGUGUUGAGACUGUCAGUUACUUUGGAAGUCUGCAGGGUCCUGGGUUGUCGGAUUGGCACCGGACCAGAGUGUGAGAAGGCUCCUUUUGUCCCAGGUCACAACCUGGCAGGGGAGGGUUUUGAUGUGGUGCGUCUGCGCCGCACAGGGGCGUACGUCAUCAAUGUCAAAGCUCAUCUGGAUGACAACCGUACCUGCACACUGUGUCCAAACAGGUUCCAAGGCGGGCAGAUUCAGAGGCUCCCAGCUGCAGUGUUGGACUGGCGUCUCUUCAGCCGCUGCAGUAAGCAGCUGUCUAGUGCACUCCACCACUCUGUGGACUCCCUGCUGCGUAGCUCCAACUCGCUGGUGAACAACAACUGGGGUUUGGGUUUGAGCUUAGAGAAAAUAGGCCAGGCGGUGCUAGGAGGAAGCCGCUCAGAUUUGGCCAAGUUUGCACGCUCGCAGCACAGUGUGGACAAAGCUACGUUUGCCAUGCAUGAAAUCAGUUGCUCCUAUUACAGCUAUAGGCUGGCCGAUCAUCCCCACCUGAGCUCAGAGUUCACAAAGCAUCUGAGGAGACUCCCACAGAGCUUAAGCACAAUCCAGAACAAAGCCCUGUACAGACGCCUCAUAGACACCUAUGGAACACAUUACAUACACCAGGUGCAGCUUGGGGGUAAGGUGAGGCGGAUCACUGCUUUCAGGACUUGUCUGGCCACACUGAAGGGCUUCUCGGAGUCAGAGAUCAAAAACUGCCUGAAUCUUGAACUCCGGAUGGCUCUUGGUUUUCUUCCUGCUAAUGCAACUUUCUCCAACAAGUGUGACAAUCUUCUGAAGGGUAACAUGAGCAUGGGCUUCUACCAGGGCUUCAUGACGCAUAAGAUUGAGGUAAUAGGAGGAGAGCAGUAUUUCCCCGACAUUCUCUACCAACAAGACCCCUCAGAGGCAUACCACAGCUGGAUGAACAGCCUCCACAACAACCCAGAUGUGGUUUCCUAUGCCAUCUUUCCUCUGCAUCAUUUGGUGGAGGACAAUCAGAUCAGUGAAAAUCUGAGAAGCAUGGUCACACAGUACAUAAAUGAGAACCAGCUGGACGAGGAGCAGCUUGGCCCAAAGAACUGCUCCCCGACUCCCAACUUGGAUCAUAACUGCUGUCCUUUACGGGCCGGCAGAGGAACUCUGAGUCUGGAAAUCCACAGAGCCGCAGGAUUGAGGGCCGACACCUUCACAAAAACGGAUGCAUACGUGAAGAUCUUCUACAGCAGCAUGUAUGAGGAGACUGAGACUGUGAUGGACAACAACGACCCAGUUUGGAACGCCACAUAUGACUUUGGCUCAGUGGAGUUGGGUCAGGAGUUGAGGUUCGAAGUCUGGGAUAGGGACGUUCUUUACAAUGACAUGGCAGGAAUAUGCAUCGUCUAUCCUGAGAAAGGAACUCACUCUUUAAGCUGUCAGCUGCGCAAAGGAGUUCUCUAUUUUACCUACGCCAUUAGCUGCGACGCACAUUUGACAGGGUUUAGAUGUGGCCGAUAUUCUCCACAUGCUGAGUAAAUAAGAUAAGUAUUUAGCCUCUCUAUCUAGUUCUUCAUUUUUCAAAGAGCACUUCUAACCUAUGUUCUACAUAGUAAUUUGCACUAAUACAGAUGGUAAGAGACUUCAGAAAUUUCUUAUACCAUCACCUAUUAACAGUAGCUGUUUUAAGUUGUAAAAGACUAUAAUUAUUAGUUAAAGUCUAAGUAAGCUCCCUUUGUAAUACACAAGAAAUGUAUGCAGCAUCAGAAUCCUUUUUCAUUAUUUGUACAAAAUAAAAAUGUUUGACACUAUAACAUU